CAUUAAAGUCGCCGUGACAUGAGGGAUAAACAGACGGGGACGUUCUCGCAGAAACUUCACGGAAGCUGAACCCCAGGUUCGAGUUGGGAGGAGGAGGCGAUAGGAUUUGGAAGAUAGACAUAACACAGACUCGCAGGUGUUGCGAUGUCGGGGGUCGAGAGGGACCCCAAAGGGAGGAAGGAGGAUAACGGGGUGGGGAGCGCCAUCGAUUUUGUCCUCUCCAACGCCAAGCUGGUGCUGGGGGUCGGGGGGGCGGCGAUGCUGGGCAUCGCCACGCUGGCAGUGAAGCGGAUGUACGACCGAGCGGUCAGCGCCCCUGCCAGCCCCGCCAAGAUGGGCCAAUCGGGGAAGAGGAGCUGGGAGGAGCCGAGCUGGCUGGGGUCGUCGCCGCGGUUACUGAACAGCGACAUGAAAACCAACCUCAGCCGGUCUCUGCAGACUCUGCCCACCGGCAACUCUGCGUCCGGAGUCUGCUCUGUGGGGGCGGGGCCUCUCUCUCUGGGGGCGGGGUCCCGGCAGCGCGCGUCUCUCGGUGAGAAGCUGCGCUGCUUCUACGAGACUCGGGUUCGGAUCCCCUUGGAGGAGCAGAGCGGGGCACGCAGGGCUGUGCUGCAGAUCUGCUCCCAGCUGCUCUCCUCUCUGCGGGACAGGCUGCCGGACGCGCCCCUGAGAGACCCCUACCCCAGCGGCAGCCUCUACGACGACCUGCAGGUGGUGACGGCAGAUCACGCCCAGCUGAUGGUCCCCCUGGUCCUGGAAAAAAACCUGUGGUCUCCCGUCCCCGGGGAAGAAACCAUCAUGAACGUCCCGGGAUUCUGGCUCAUCCGUCGGGAAAACCAGGAAUACUACCCGCGGGGGACCAGCUACUGGGACCGCUGCGUGGUGGGAGGCUACCUCUCCCCGAAAUCCGUCCUGGAAUCCUUCGAGAGGGUCGUGCGCGACUCGAUAAACUGGCCGGCCGUGGGCGCCGCGCUGGACUGCCGCGUCCGGCCGGUCGUUCCCUCGGAGACGAUCGCUCUGGAGGUCCAGUACGAGACCGACCGCCGGCUCUUCCUGGAGUUCCUGCCGCUGGUCGUCUUCGAAGACCGCGUGCUGAUCGCCAAGCCUCACCGGCUGGCCGAGUUCGCCAACGUUUGGCGGCAAAGCUUCCGGGAGGCCCACACCUCCAGGCUCCAGCGGGCGGACCGGGGCGACGGCGGCUGCCGCUGCCUCUGUCUCAAGCUGCUGAAGGGCGUCUGCAAGGUCAACCCGGCCCUGGGGAAGCUGGACUCCGGGCAGCUGACUGCCGCCGUGCUGGCGGUCAGUACUCGGAAGAGAGACUGGUCGCCGGACAAUUUGGCCGAGCGUUUCCUGCUGCUGAUCCGGGAGCUGGUGGGGUGGCUGGAGGAGGGGUGCCUCCCUUGCCCUCUGGACCCCAAAGUCAACCUCUUCUCCGAGCUCACCCCCCAGGAGAUCGACGAACUGGGGUACACCCUCUACUGCGCGCUGUCGGAGCCGGAGAGCCUGCUGAGGACUUGAGAUUAUUGUAGUGCUGCCAUUGCACCCCCUCAGUGUAAUACAGAGCCAUUGCAGAGCCGCUGUCUGUCUGUCUGCCAUUGAAGAUCAUUGAGGGUAUAGUUAGCACACUGUGGUCCCAUUCUACCAGCCUCACCCCAUUGUAGCUGCCCUAUACUUGUGCUACCGUUGCCCCCUCAGUGUAAUACAGAGCCAUUGCAGUGCCGCUGUCUGUCUGUCUGUCAUUGAAGAUCAUUGAGGGUAUAGUUAGCACACUGUGGUCCCAUUCUACCAGCCUCACCCCAUUGUAGCUGCCCUAUACUUGUGCUACCGUUGCCCCUCAGUGUAAUACAGAGCCAUUGCAGAGCCGCUGUCUGUCUGUCUGCCAUUGAAGAUCAUUGAGGGUAUAGUUAGCACACUGUGGUCCCAUUCUACCAGCCUCACCCCAUUGCAGCUGCCCUAAAAGUGGUUGAAAAUACAGUAUAGGGCAGCUACAAUGGGGUGAGGCUGGUAGAACACAAUAGAGGGAUGAUAUUUUGACAGUGGGAUCUCAAUGGAGAUGAGCUAGCCAAACACACUGCUGGUAAUACAUUGCAGUCCAGCACAGGAGACAGACAGACAGAUAUUAGGAUCCUUGUGUGUGCCUCUCUGCUCAGUCCCCCUCCGCUGGGCCAUGAGCUGGUGAUGCUGGGGUCUGCUAGCUGGGAUUUUGGGGGGUGUUUGAAACAGGAGGCUGUGUGGUCCAGUGGUUAAAGAAAAGGGCUUGUAACCAGGAGGUCCCGGGUUCAAAUCCCACCUCAGCCGCUGACUCACUGUGUGACCCUGAGCAAGUCACGUCACCUCCUUGUGCUCCGUCUUUCGGGUGAGACGUAGUUGUAAGUGACUCUGCAGCUGAUGCAUAGUUCACACACCCUAGUCUCUGUAAGUCGCCUUGGAUAAAGGCGUCUGCUAGAUAAACUAAUAAUAAUAAUACUCAAGGGCAGUUCGAACGAGGAAUGGAGAAAAAGGGAGAGGAUUGUGAGAAUGGGUUUUUUGGUGAGAAGAUUGUUAUAAGAUAUAUACAUAUAUAUAUGUGUGUGUAUGUAUAUGGGGGGUGGGUAGGGGGGUAAUCUGCACAGGCAAAUUUCAGCAUUGCAGGAGCCAAUCAAAUCGUGUUUGUUCGAAGUAUGUGUUUUUAAAGGAGGUCUAACUACAGUGUAUAAAAAAUAAAGCUGUUUUUUUUCACACACACACAUACACACACAUAUAUUACUCUGAAGCCAUUCAUAAAUAUUAGCCAGCCUUUUUAUUGUGCUAUAAGCAAAAUAGGUUUUAUGGAUGUGAUUCACCAACAUAUUUUGGUCUCAUAUUUAUGGCUUCACAGUAUAUUAUAUAAUAUAGUAUUUGUAUGUGUUUAUUUUUAUUAAAAAUGAAUUAAAGUCGCAUUUGGUAUAGAAUGAAACCUUGAUAAGUAUUAUUUUGUUUGGUUUGAAGUCUCCCGGAUCCUUUUUUUGAAACACCUGCUUCAGUGUUCCCUGACCCCAGACUGUGAUCACGUGACUUUGUUUUGGUCUCAUCUUUUUUUUAAAAUCUCCCCCCCCCCCCCCCCCCUCCCCUCCCUUGAUUCUAUUUAAAUGCUGUUUCGCUUCAGUCAGUCUGAGCGAUUCUAGUUUCCUCUGAUUUUGAGUUUUGAUUCGAUUUAUAACCUGCUUUGCCUGUCCUUUGAGUUUGCUUUGAAUCCCUGACUGUCUUCCCCGUUCUAUUGAGGUCAUGUGAUGACAGCUCAGCCGGCCCCGCCCACUCUCUUUCUCAUUGGCUAUCAGUGCAGAAUGGGCGGGGCCAGCUGCAGAGGCUGUCUCUUUAAAAGAAACGAGAUCUCAACGCAGUUCAAAAAGCCACCAGGAUUGGUGCUAAAGUGGUUGAAAAAUUAUCAAUAAUGGGAUUAUGAUGUCAUUUCCUUUUUUUGUCUUUCAAACCAACUGCAAUGCUGUACUAAUUUUAAUUAAGAACAACAAAAAAAACGAGCUGGGUAAAAAAUUAUGCUGUAAAAAUACUCUGGCCGAUUCUGAAUGCUGUAAGAUUUGUUACAGCUGUUUAUAACAUUGAGGUUAUAAUCAAUAAACGUUUGCCCUAUACUAACAGA